GAUACGCCAUUCCAAGCCAUUCACUCCAUUUACUCGUAAUUUUACCGCAAAUCGCAAUUCAUUCGUUUCGUACAAUUACCGCGCGGAUGUGGAGUUGUUUUUAAUUUUUAAUUUCUGCGAAUUACGAAUAAUGUCUGCCCCUACAGUUUUAAGAGUAAAAAGAAGACUUGAAGAUAAUCCUCAAGAUGCAUUGGUCAUAACUUGUAAACGGAUCAAAACAGACGCUAAAGAAUUAUCACCAUCUCUAUUCGUUUUCAGAGGCACCGUUGAGAAUCAGGAGACCACACAUAUCAAACAAUUAGUACCACAAAAUGAUGUCAAAGUCCAGACGGUGCCAAAUGUGAAAGAUAUUGUAGAAAAAUUAAGGAAGGAACAUAAAGAAGUGGCCACAAAGAGCCGUUAUGAAAUCGUGAAUUGCAAGAGAGGGUUAAAAGAUGUUGAAGAUGGAGAGGAUGUGUACAAUCUAGUAGAUCUCCAGAAGUCUGAUGACACAGAUGAUGGUAUACAAUAUGCGUAUGAUGUGUAUACAGCUAUAAAACAAGACUUUGAUAUCUCUAAGGUGGAUAACUUUGUAAGCAUAGAAACAGACCUCAUAUUUGAUGGUGAUGGCACAGACACACCGUCAGGUGAUGAAGCUGAUGAUGAUGAUGACUCGAAUGAUGAGAAUAAUUGGCGAAAUGACUAUCCUGAUUCAGAGCCGAGCAGCAUUGAUGAGGAAGACAUGAUCAGGGCCAUGGAGAGGGUAGACCUUGGUGAAGACCUCUCCAGUGAUGAGGGAGAAGAUAAAAUAUACGAGGAUCCAAACGAAAUGCACAACUCCGAACUAUACGGAUCUGGUUAUGCAAAAUAUAGAGCUAGGGUUCUGAAAGAAAACCCUGACCUGGCUGAUGGCAGGGGCCUGAUCCUCUGGGCCAAGGAUAAAGAUGAGGAGUCACUAGGAUACAAGGAUGAUAGCGAUGAUGGUUUCUAUUAUGGUCAGGAAGAAGAUACCGACCAGUUCAGGGAACAAUACAAUAGCUCUUCAGAUGAGUACAGUCCGGAUUGAACUGGUUUGAAGGAGUAUAUCUGGAGUUAAUAUAAGUUAUUGGUUUCUAAAUAUAAGAAAAUAUUUUAUAUUAAAAUGAAAUUUUAUUAAUGUGCAUUCUAUUAUCUGAUCUAAUUCCACCUGAUAAGUAUAGUGAUUUUUUAUUGCAAUUAAAUGACAAGAAGAGCGAGUUACAUGGUAUCAACACCAUACGAAACUUUUAAUUACAAAGUAACACUGUGUGAGAGCGUUGGUGUCUACUCAUCGCUCGUCACUCUGAGGCAAGAGAUGGUAUAUCUUUUAAUGCCAGUCUACUUUCCCAUUUUUUAUUGAAUAGAAUAUUGACAUUUAAUUUUUUAAGUUAAGGUGAUUAUUCACAGUUUACCUUAAAGUAGUUAUGUGUUGUACUGAUACAAGAUGUUUAGUAAUUGUCUUAUUAAACGGUAUUCUUUCAAUAAAAUAA